GAGGGGCCCCGGGGCGGAGGCCUGAGCUCCCUGCUCCCGGGGCGAUUGCAAAUUCUCCUGCUUACCCUGGACGACCAUAAUGCCCUCCACUUUCACUUUUCUUUUUAACACCACAACGGGCGAGGAGUAUCCGCUGCCUUUGGACGUGUAUCUGGAGGAAAAACAAAUGGAACGGCCCUAGGUCCUCAGUGCACUGGGAAUGCCCAACCUUCCAGUAGCUCUUUUGUUAAGAACCCUGCCUGCAACGCGUGCAAAUAUCAUUUUAUCAAAUGCAGAUGUUGCCAAAUUAUCCCGUAACCUUCAGACAUUUUGACAGUUAGAUCAUGGCAACCAUAGAAGAAAUUGCACAUCAAAUUAUUGAACAACAGAUGGGAGAGAUUGUUACAGAGCAGCAAACUGGGCAGAAAAUCCAGAUUGUGACAGCACUUGAUCAUAACACACAAGGCAAGCAGUUCAUUCUGACAAAUCAUGAUGGCUCUACUCCAAGCAAAGUCAUUCUGGCCAGGCAGGAUUCCACUCCAGGAAAAGUUUUCCUAACAACUCCAGAUGUGUCAGGUGUCAACCAGUUAUUUUUUACAACUCCUGAUCUGUCUGCACAACACCUCCAGCUCUUAACAGAUAAUUCUUCCCCAGACGCGGGACCAAAUAAGAUUUUUGAUCUUUGUGUGGUAUGUGGAGACAGAGCAUCAGGUCGUCAUUAUGGAGCAGUAACUUGUGAAGGUUGCAAAGGAUUUUUUAAAAGAAGCAUUCGAAAAAAUUUAGUAUAUUCAUGUCGAGGAUCAAAAGACUGUAUCAUUAAUAAACACCAUCGAAACCGCUGUCAAUACUGCAGGUUACAGAGAUGUAUUGCGUUUGGAAUGAAACAAGACUCUGUUCAGUGUGAGAGAAAACCCAUAGAAGUAUCACGAGAAAAAUCUUCCAACUGUGCCGCUUCAACAGAAAAAAUCUACAUCCGAAAAGACCUCCGAAGCCCAUUAGCUGCAACUCCAACCUUUGUAACAGAUAGUGAAACUGCAAGGUCAACAGGACUAUUAGAUUCAGGAAUGUUUGUGAAUAUUCAUCAGUCUGGAAUAAAAACUGAGUCACCUGUGCUGAUGACACUAGAUAAGGCUGAAUCAUGUCAGGGAGAUUUAAGUACAUUGGCCAGUGUGGUUACAUCAUUAGCAAAUCUUGGAAAAACUAAAGAUCUUUCUCAAAACAGUAAUGAAAUGUCUGUGAUUGAAAGCUUAAGCAAUGGUGAUACCUCUCUGUGUGAAUUUCACCAAGAAAUGCAGACCAAUGGUGAUGUUUCAAGGGCAUUCGACACUCUUGCAAAAGCAUUGAAUCCUGGAGAGAGCACAGCCUGUCAGAGCUCCAUAGAGGGCAUGGAAGGAGGCGUACACCUAAUUGCUGGAGAUUCGAGCAUAAAUUACAUCGAAAAAGAGGGGCCACUUCUGAGUGAUUCACAUGUAGCUUUCAGGCUCACCAUGCCUUCUCCUAUGCCUGAGUACCUGAAUGUGCACUACAUUGGGGAGUCUGCCUCCAGACUGCUGUUCUUAUCAAUGCACUGGGCACUUUCGAUUCCUUCUUUCCAGGCUCUAGGGCAAGAAAACAGCAUAUCAUUGGUGAAAGCUUAUUGGAAUGAACUUUUUACUCUUGGUCUUGCCCAGUGCUGGCAAGUGAUGAAUGUAGCAACUAUAUUAGCAACAUUUGUCAAUUGUCUUCACAAUAGCUUUCAACAAGAUAAAAUGUCAACAGAAAGACGAAAAUUAUUGAUGGAGCACAUCUUCAAACUACAAGAGUUUUGUAACAGCAUGGUUAAGCUCUGCAUUGAUGGAUAUGAAUAUGCCUACCUGAAGGCAAUAGUGCUCUUCAGUCCAGAUCAUCCAGGCUUAGAAAAUAUGGAACAGAUUGAGAAAUGUCAGGAAAAGGCUUAUGUGGAAUUCCAAGAUUAUUUAACCAAAACAUAUCCAGAUGACACCUACAGGUUAUCCAGACUACUUCUCAGAUUGCCAGCUUUGAGAUUGAUGAAUGCUACCAUCACUGAAGAAUUGUUUUUCAAGGGUCUUAUUGGCAAUGUACGAAUUGACAGUGUCAUCCCACAUAUUUUAAAAAUGGAGCCUGCAGAUUAUAACUCUCAAAUAAUUGGUCACAGCAUUUGAAAGCUGAGAUCCUAGUGCUGUAAAUUUAUUGUUCUUUCCCAGAACACAAGAAGACACCAAAUUGAACUCAUUGCUUCCAGGGCAUCUGGAAAUUGUGACUUUAAAGAGUAACCAAAAUCCAAAAGGUAUUUUUUAUUUUAGCUUCCUUAGAAGAAUUUUUGAAGUGACUGGGCAGUCCACAGGAAUUAGAAUUUCCUUUCCUGUCUUAAUCAAGUGAAUAAGAAAUGCUUUGAAUUUAUUCUUGGUGAAGAUGAUAUUUGAAGCUGUCACUUGUUGACUGUCUAAACUAAAAUCUCAUUCUAUUUUACUUUGUAAAACAAAUAAAUUAGUAUUUUUUUCUUGAAUUGUGUUCUAUUCAUAUUUAACUUCAUUAUGAACUAGUACAAACAGUUAAUGGUUAGAAAUCCCUAAGGAGGAGUUAGUUCCUUGCAAUUUACUCUUUCAUAAUACAAUCCGUCUGUUUUAAUUACCAUGUGAAAAGAUUAUUUUAUUCUCAGUGGUAUAAUGAUAAUAGUAGAACUAUGGGAAAUAUUAAUUGAAUAUAUAUUUUUUUGUCUUUUGUAAAUAUGGUGUCCCUUAGCAUAUACUAGGCUCAUUGCUGGCAGUGAGACAUAGGCCAUUCAUGAUCUUAAGAAUUGACAUUUUUAGUGUUGUAUAUUAUUAGUUACAAGCACUUUUUAUUUAUGUAGCAGAAAAUUGUUUUUGAGAAUAAGAUAGGGUUCGUAUUUUACUAUUUUUGGUUUUUACUGCUGUGUUUUAAAAGUAGUAGAGACUAACUGAGCCCAAAAUGUUUCAGUAUUUCAAAAUAGAUAUUAAAGUUGUUGUUCUUCCAUUCCAUAAAAAGCAUCCGACCUCUCUCCCUCUUUUCUGACCUGUGUUAUAGCUUCCUGACUCUGCCAUGGGUUUUAGCCAGUUUUUUCAUUAGAAAAAAAAUCACCCAAUUUGUUAAAUAAUUGAUUUAUCAUAGCCAAUUCAUGUUUUCAAGGUGAGGUAAAUAAUUAUUUUAAAGCAAUUUCUAAUUUUAAAAAAUGAAGAAAUAUGCACUGACUUUUCACUGUAAAGCAGGGGAGGGCUGCUUUAAAAAUAGUGUAAAGAUCAGACUGAAGCCUUGUUAUUGCCACCACAAAAGUAUUUUAGACUCCUUGGAUGUCUUCCACAGUAAUGUUUUCCUUUGCAAAACUGAUACUGUUAAAUAUUUCUUUGCUUUGAUUUCAUGAUGAAUUAUUUUGGUAUGUCUAUUUGUUGAUUUUUAAAACACAAAUAUGGAGAUUUUAUUGCACUUAGAGUACAUUUUUUAUAAAGAUUUUUGCAAAAGAAGAGAAGCUGAAAUUUUUUGUGGGGGGUGUGGAUUUUGCUAAUUACUACUUUAUAAUUAUCAAAAGUUUAAAAAUAUCAACUUACAGACUUUACCAACUUAUUUCCCUAUUUAAAACAUGAUUAUCAUGAACACCUUUACUUAUAAUUAUCAGCUGGGGAAACCACAUUUGGUAUAAAAUACUCAAACGGAAAAAUCAGUAGGUUUAUACCUUUAUAAACUCAGUGUAAUAAGCCAAGGAUUCAGGAAAAUAAUCCUUUAAAAUAAUGUACUAAUGGUUAAUUAAGAUGUUCUUUCCAGUAUUUUUCCUGAUUAAAUUUGUAGUUCUAUUUGGAAAUAUUUUUAAAACUAUAUUAAAAUGUGACUUACGUUACAAAUUUCUGUA